UGUAAUCUGGAAUAUACUUUUCUUAUAGGUAUUCACGUUGCAGAAAUGAUAGACCGAAAUAUGAAAAAUGUUCUGGUGGUAUCCAUUGGAUUUUUAUCUCUGUUCACAGCGUAUGGAGGACUUCAGAGUUUACAGAGCAGUCUGAAUGCCGAGGAUGGGAUGGGGGUGACAUCUCUCAGUGUUAUCUAUGCCUCCAUCAUCCUGUCAUCCAUGUUCCUAACACCCACUCUCAUCAAAAACCUGGGCUGCAAAUGGACUAUUGUUGUCGGCAUGGGCUGCUAUGUGACCUAUUCAAUUGGGAACCUCUAUCCAGGAUGGUACACUCUGAUCCCCACCUCUGUGAUCCUGGGUAUGGGAGGUUCUCCACUAUGGUCAGCCAAGUGUACCCUUCUCACCAUCUGUGGCAACCUGCAGGCCCCUAAAGAAAACAAGGCAGCAGCGGAUGUUAUCAAUAAGUACUUUGGCAUAUUUUUCUUGCUAUUCCAGUCUUCGGCUGUAUGGGGAAACCUCAUGUCAUCGUUGAUAUUUGGUUCAGAUACAGAUAUACCUGACAUCUCUGAGGAAGAUCUACAAUAUUGUGGUGCAGGUGUGUGCAUUGAUAUCAAUGUAAACUCCACGACCAAAAGACCAGCACAAGAAUUGGUCUGGACACUAGUCGGCUGCUAUAUUGGGGUGGGUGUGCUGGCCAUGAUCAUAGUGGCAGUAUUUCUGGAUAACAUAGACAGAGAUCAGGCCCAGGAGUUCCGAGGGAACAGAGAACCAUUCUGGAGCACCUUCCUGGCCACGUUUACACUCCUGAAAGACAAGAGACUCAUCAUUCUCAUCCCUUUGUCCAUGUACAGUGGCUUUGAGCAGAGUUUCCUCUCCGGUGAAUACACAAAGAACUAUGUGACCUGUUCAUUAGGAAUCCAUUACGUUGGAUAUGCAAUGAUAUGUUUUGGAGCCACAAAUUCGUUAUGUUCCUUUAUGUUUGGGAGGUUGGCAGAAUACACUGGAAGAGCCCCACUGUUUUGCUUUGCUGCGGCAAACAACUUUGCCUGUAUCAUGGCCCUGUUGUUCUGGAGGCCUCACCCAGACCAGCUGCCAGUGUUCUUUGUGUUUCCUGCUCUCUGGGGCAUGGCAGAUGCGGUAUGGCAGGCACAAACCAACUCGCUGUAUGGGGUUCUCUUCCCCAGACAAAAAGAGGCAGCGUUUGCUAACUGCUGUAUGUGGGAGUCCCUGGGGUUCGUGAUAGCCUUUGCCUACAGUACCUUCAUCUGUCUAGACACCAAGAUCUACAUCCUCCUUGGAGUUCUGAUCCUCUCCACGGUUACCUGUUUGUGGGCAGAGUACCAAGAACACAACAAUCCUACACUUCCGGUGGAGGAAGGAGUAUAUGACAAAGACUAUAAAAAGAACACAGACCAAUACACAGACUACUCAAAAAACAUACAUCAAAUCAUUACUCAGACCAGCUUGUAGACAAUGUGUAUUUGAUAUGUAGACUUAUGCAACAGGUGAGUCUAAUCCUGAACGCUGAUUGGUUAAAACCGCAUUCCAGCCGGUGUCUAUUCCACAAGUUACUACCAGCUAAAUCUAUGACGUUAAAAUAUCUUUUUACUCUGUUUCAUCUGACUGUGCAAUCCACUGUCUCAUCAGCCCAGCCAGGCAAUUUAAACUUGAUCUCCAAAAUAUGAAAAGCAU